AUGGCUGUUCCCAAAAUUACUCUUUACAUCGACAUUGUCAGCCCCUUUGCGUAUAUCGCAUUCCAUAUACUGAGAAACUCGCCUACAUUUGCUAAUUGCAAUGUGAACUAUGUCCCUAUUUUCCUGGGGGGCUUGAUGAAUGCGUGUAACAAUACACCUCCGAUCAAUGUCAAGAACAAGGACAAAUGGAUUGGACAAGAAAGAUUGAGAUGGGCAAAACAAUUCUCUGUUCCAAUCGAUGAGAAGAUGCCCGAAGGUUUCCCCGUGAAAACCCUCGGUGUUCAACGUGCCCUGUGUGCUCUAUUGCAGAAAGCACCUGAAAAGCUACCCUUAGUGAUGGAGGCGCUGUUCCGAUCUAUGUGGGUUGACAGAAACUCUCAUAUUGGAGAACCCGAAGGAUUUAUUCCGGUCUUUGAGGGAGUCCUUGGAAAGGAUGCCACUCAAGAGAUCCUACAAGCUACCAAUCAACCAGAUAUCAAGGCUCUCUUACUUUCAAACACAGACCACGCAUUCAAGAUUGGGGCAUUUGGUCUCCCAUGGUUUGAGUGUACCGAUGCAAAUGGCAACACAGAAGGAUUUUGGGGCGUGGAUCACCUAGGACAAGUCGCAAAUUUCUUAUUACUAGAUCGCGGCAUGGACACUGGGUUAAAAUCUCUUCUUUAG